AGGCCUCAGCAUCAGCAUCGGCUCUCUCGCUCCCUCUCCCUCUCCCGUGCAGCCCAAAGAUGUCUCAAUCCUCCAUGGCGAUCCGCUGGGGAAUCUGCUCUGCUGGGAAGAUCAGCCACGACUUCCUUGUGGCGCUGAAGACUCUGCCGCCUGAGGAUCACCAGGCAGUAGCCAUUGCUUCUCGGGAUCUUGCACGCUCCCAAGAAUACGCCAAGAAGCAUGACAUCCCCAGGGCCUAUGGAUCGUAUGAGGAACUGGCACGGGAUCCUGAUGUAGAUAUAGUGUACGUGGGGUCAGUCCACACCCAGCAUCACCGGCUUGCCAUCCUCUUCCUCCGGGCUCAGAAGAAUGUCUUGUGUGAAAAGCCCCUCGCUAUGAAUGCUGAUGAAGUGCGGGACAUGAUACGAGUCGCCCGGGAACACAAGGUCUUUCUCAUGGAGGGUUUCUGGACAAGAUUCUUUCCUGUAUCGGAGCAGAUCCGCACUCUGCUGGCCCGGAAGGCUCUCGGGGACGUGAAAGUGAUCCAAGCACAUCUGGGCUUUCCAAUGGAAGACGUCCAGAGACUGGUGGAUAAAAAACUGGGAGGAGGCGUCAUAAUGGACUUGGGAUGCUACUGCGUCCAGUUUGCUUCUAUGGUCUUCGGGCCUGAAAGGCCACAAUCCAUCAUCGCCUCAGGACUGCUUCGUGGCACAGGUGUGGAUGAAACCGCUUCCAUGAUCCUCAACUACUCAGGGAACCGACAGGCUGUACUUACCGUCAGCAUGGUGCUCAGGCUACCAGGAGAGGCAUUAAUUGGGGGGACUGAAGGAGUUAUCCAGAUCCCCUCACACAUGAACUGUCCCACAAUCAUGUUCCUGAAAGGCAACCGCUGGGAGUGGCCUCUUCCCCCCUCCCCAGAACCGCUUUUCUUUGAAAACGACAUUGGGUUGAGAUAUGAAGCUGAGCACGUCCGCCAGUGCCUGUUGGAAGGUUUAAAGGAAAGUCCCGUCAUGCCGUUAUGUGAGAGUGAAGUCAUAGCCACAAUCCUGGACGAGGCACGGAGGCAGAUCGGGGUGUUCUACGAGGGAGAGGACACUACCAAGGGCCAGAGUAAAAACACCAAAUAAAACG